CAGGUUCCCUCAGCAGGCGCCGGGCUCGCUCCGGCCACCCGGCGGCGCUCCCGGGCCGCCCGCUCUGAGGGGAGGCGGCGCCGCGCCGUCAUCAGCCGGCGCCGAGAGGCCGAGAAGCGCCGCGGUUCCCUUCGUGGUUGGGGUACGCCUGGAGGGCUCGGGGACUGUGACUGGAGCUCCGCGUCCUCGUGAACAUGGAUUCACAGAAGGAUGUUCAGCCUCCAAAGCAGCAGCCAAUGAUUUACAUUUGUGGAGAAUGCCAUACAGAAAAUGAAAUAAAGGCAAGAGAUCCUAUCAGAUGCCGAGAAUGCGGGUACAGAAUAAUGUACAAGAAAAGGACAAAAAGAUUGGUGGUUUUUGAUGCCCGGUGAUGUGAGCUGAAGAUAUAUUGAUUAUUAUGCUGCAGUUUAUUAUUUCUGACUUUGUUCUGUAAAUCUAUUAGUGUACAAAUGCAUAUUUUUCUUUUAAGAUAUUAAAAUAUUAAACUUCA